AUGUUCAGUCAAUUCAAACAAUUACAAAUUAUUGCAUUUUUAUUUUUAUUUAUUCCAAGUGAACAAUGGUUAUUGAUCACUCAAGUACCUGAUAUUACAAUGUCGACAAAAGGUUUAUGUCAUAUUGACAAUGGUCUAAGUACAAGACAAAUUCUUUUUUGUCAAAGACAUUUGGAUAUAAUGCCAUUUAUUCGAUUUGGAACAAAUCUAGCAUUAGAAGAAUGUAAAACACAAUUUAAAAAUCGUCAUUGGAAUUGUAGUUUAUUUUAUGAACAAAAACAAAUUGAAAAUAUUCUUGAUUCAGGUACAAAAGAAUCGGCAUAUAUUCAUGCAAUUACAGCAGCUGGUAUUGCGUAUGCUAUUACAAAAGCAUGUUCAACAGGUAGACUUAAUUCAUGUGGUUGUGAUAUGUCAUUACAAAAUAAAAAUGAUCCAACAACAAAAUGGUCAGGAUGUUCGGAUAACGUUCUAUUUGGUUCAGAAAUUGCUAGAAAAUUUUUAAAUUUAAGAGAAAGACCAAUGAGAAAUAAACAAAGUCUAUUAAAUAUUCAUAAUAAUCAAGCAGGAAUUAAAACAAUUCAAACUGAAGUUGAUCGUCAAUGUAAAUGUCAUGGUGUAUCAGGUUCAUGUGAAUUUAAAACAUGUUGGCGUUCAUUAAAACCAUUUUUUCAUAUUGGUAAUCAAUUAAAAGAAAAAUAUGACGAUGCUAUUGAAGUUCGUUUACAUCGAAGUGAAAAUAAAUUACGUUUAAUGGCUCGUAAUACACCGUAUGAAAGACAAACAAAAUUAGAUCUUGUCUAUUUAAAUCCAAGUCCAAAUUAUUGUAUAAAAAAUAUUACCUACGGUUCAUUUGGUACAUACGGACGUUCAUGUAAUCGUAGUUCUCGUGCAAUUGAUAGUUGUGAAUUAUUAUGUUGUAAUCGUGGUUAUCAAUCUCAUAUUGUUACUUAUCGUGAUAAAUGUAAUUGUCGUUUUACAUUUUGUUGUACAAUUACAUGCCAAGAAUGUAUACAAACAAAAGAGAUUAGUCGAUGUUUAUAA